GUAUUAAGUAGCUGAGAAUAAGCGUGGAAGUCAAGUCAAUACCGUCAAAAUAGUUAAACUUUACGUAAUUGCAAAAUAAUACAGUAUGUUUAAAUCUACUAUUAAUAUAUGUUCCAGUAACAUCCAUCAUAUAACGCUCGUUAGAAAUUUUGGAAAGCACAACAAGAAAUUUUUGUACAAUGAUGGCAUCAAAGUGCAAAACAUAAUCUAUUAUCCAAGAGAAAACUGUCCUCAGAACAUUCCUCAAACAACUGAACCUUCGAAACUGUUUAAAGUACGACGAAUCAAACCGUUGAAGGGAUGUCCAUAUUGGGAGAAACGGAUUCUGCGAGAUCUUGGUCUAUACGAGUCCAAUGCGAUAGCUGUAGUAAAGAACAUCCCCGAAAACAAUGCAAGGUUAUGGAAGAUUAAACAUCUUAUUGAGAUUCUCCCUAUUAUAUUUUCUUAUGGCGAACCUAUAGAGAGCGAUAUCAACUAUACAUUUCUCAAGGAAGAUGGCGAAUGUGUUGUAAUUAAAGAAUUGCAAAAACGUAAAUUACGAGAUAACAGAUUAGAAGCAGCAAUUAAUUUAACCAAAAAGAAGGAAACAAUGGACGGAGAAACACUUCGUAAAGAUUCUCGAUUGAAGUGGCUCAAUCCUUGGUGAUCGACGAUGAAUGAUGAGAACGAGAAUCCUAUAAAAACCACGCGACAAUGAGUAUUCAUUUUUUGUGCUUCUGAUUCAUCUCGUAUGGGCCCAUAUUAUUGACUCCAAUCAAAACGGCUGGAUGUUGUUGGCUCGAAUCAAAACUUGUCGAAAGUAAACAAAAUUGUUUUCAUAUCGUCAAUCUGGCGCCCAGGUGGUGAAAUCGUUAAAAUUCAAAAAUUUUUAUUUCCAGAUUAAAUUUUACUAAACUUCCCAGUUAAGCUCAGCCGGAAUGCUGGCUGGUUCUAAUUCGUAUUCCGGCUCCGGUGACAACCGAUUCUAGUAAGAAUGUUUAAGGGGUACCAUUUCGCUGGGCGAGUUGGCCACCGACCCGCCGUCGGAAGUAAGCGAACCUGUAACCCUUUCGUUUGCCCGGCUUACUCAAACAUAGGGGCUAUCCUUAGUUUAAGGCCCGAAACCGUUCGACAAAAAGGUAAUUUUUAAUCCUUUUUUAAAGUUAGUAAGGACAAUAAGUGUUGUGUCCUGUCUCGCGUCGCGUUUUUGUAAACGUGAAUCGAGUCCUUACGUUGGCACAGCCUUAAAAAACAAGUAUGCUUAUUCAAAAAACACGCGAGAUUUGUUUUUACAUUUUGAUAGCGUUGCCAAUUUUAUUUUGUGUCCAUCACCCAAUGUGGCUACGCCACAUCGCUUUUGCGCAUGCUAGGGAUAGCCCCUAUGUUUGACUAAGCCGGGCAAACGAGUGGAUCACUGGUUCACUUGCUUCCGACGGUGGGUCGGUGGCCACCUCGCCCGGAGGAUCCUCAGCGGCUUUGCGCCGCUUCGGUUCCUAGGCCUCGGUUAUGCGGCUAAGCCGCAUCAAAAUGGUACCCCUUAAACAUUCUAACUAGAAUCGGUUGUGUCACCGGAGCCGGAAUACGAAUUAGAACCAGCCAGCAUUCCGGCUGAGCUUAUACCAUGUUCACACUACAGAGUUAAAACAUGUUAUAAUAAUUAGCAAGAAAAAAUGUCAUCAAGAUAGCGUUAAAACACGUUGUAACUAGUAGUGUGAACGUAGUAUUAACUGGGUAGUUUAGUAAAAUUUACUCUGGAAAUAAAAAUUUUCUGGCAACCCUCCAGCACCCCGUUGAACUCUAACGAUUUCACCACCUGGGCGCCAGCUUGACGAUAUGAAAUGAACUUUGAUAACUUUCGACAAGGUUUGAUUCGAGCCAACAACAUCCAGCCGUUUUGAUUGGAGUCAAUAAUAUGGACCUAUGCACUAGCACCAUCUGGUCACAGAGAACAGACGUCCAUCUUCUAAACCCUCACUUUUUCUUGAUUUAUUUUUUAAUCCAGUAAACAAUAAUCUACAUGUACAAUCUAAAAUGUUGGUUCCUUGGCCUGAGUUAGUAUAUGUCGACAGGUUAUCGUAAAGUUGUUAAUAAACAUAUACAAAUCUGCA